AUGACUCCCCAACUCUACCUGUGCCUCCUGGUCCUGGGACACCUGGGCGUGGUGCUCUCUUGUCGGGUGGGGACGCUGGAGGAAUGCCAGGCAGCCCCGUUCGUCCCCGGGCACAACCUGGCGGGAGAGGGCUUUGACGUCGUGAAAGUCCAGCACAAAGGUGCGUACGUGAUCGACCUCCAGACCUUCCUGGACUCGAGCGACUUGUGCACCCUCUGUGAGAACACACUUCACAGCGACGAGCUCCAGAAACUGCCGCUGUCCGUGCUGGACUGGCGCUCCUUCACCAACUGCAGGCAGGAGCUGUCCAGCGCUCUGCUCGCAACCGUCACCUCCGUGGCCGACAGUGCGACCGACCUCAUCGAGAACGACUGGACCGUGGGCCUGGGCCUCGGGGACAUCGCCGAUCUAACCAUUGGUGGUAGCCACUCCACCGCGGUCGAGUUCGCCACUGAGGCCUCUGCGAGCGACAAGUCCGUCUUCACUUCUCACCAGCUCAGCUGUAGCCACUACAGCUACCGUGUCUCAGGAAACCCACCUCUCAGCGCAGAGUUCCAACAGCAGCUGCACUCUCUCCCACAGGAGUACGACCCAAACACCCGCCACCUGUACAAGCGAUUCAUCAACACCUACGGAACACACUACAUCCAGCAGGUGCAACUGGGCGGUCGUCUGAUGAGGCUCACCUCCAUCCGCACCUGCCUGGCAUCUGUCAACAGCCACUCAGCCACCAAGGUGAAGGACUGCCUGAACAUGGGCCUCUCUGUGGGGCUGGGCUAUCUGGAACCUUCCGCCACCACCAGCCAGUGCAGGACUCUGCUGGAGAACCAGGACAGCCAGACGGGCUCUCAGCUGUCAUACCUUAACCAUGUCACCGAGAUCCUGGGGGGACACAAGUGGCUGGGAGAGGUGUCCCUGUUCAAGAACGACUCUGUUGCCUUCCGAAAAUGGCUGACCAGCCUCAAGGACGUACCAGACAUCGUGUCGUACUCCCUGUUCCCCCUACAUGAGCUGAUUCCCGACCCUGUCGUCAGGGGGAACGUGAAGUCCGCGGUCAACCAAUACCUGAAGGAGAACGGCAUCCGAAAAGACGGUCCUCCCAAACAGUGUUUUGGGCAGCCCAACCUUUCUGCUGACUGCUGCCCCCAAAACCCAAUGAGAGGCCGGCUCCGGGUGACCGUGAUCAGGGCCUGGGGGCUGGACGGGGACCCCGUUGGGAAGCCAGAACCCUAUGUGAAGUUCUGGUAUGGACCCCACUUCUACCAGACCCACUGGAUCAAAUCGGAGGACAACCCCAUCUGGAACCUGGUCUAUGAUCUGGGCCACGUGGAGGCCUUCCACGAGCUGAAGAUGGAAGUGUGGGACAAGGAUGUGUCUUACGACGACCGCCUUGGCACCUGCCGUACACGACUGCAGGAGGGCAGCCACUCCCUCAGCUGCAAUCUCAGUAAAGGAGGGGGCUUCUCCUACUCCUACACUCUCACCUGCGACCCACAACUCAGCGGCUACCAGUGCGCCAAGUACAAGCCUGCCCCCCAGUGACGUGUCAGGGAAAA